UUCUCUACCUGGAUUAUGGAGGGAGAGCCCUUCACCUCUGCUCUUUCCUCUUUGCUGUACUCUGCCGGGGGACACUUUGUCGCCCUCUCCUCCUCUUCGUCCCCCUCGUCCUCUUCUUCCUCAUCUGAUUCAGCCAUCACCGCCAUGUCCCUAGAGCAGAAGACAACUUUUGCCUUGGUCAUCUUUCUCUUUGUGUUCCUCCUCAUCCUUAUUGUACGAUGCUUCCGUAUCCUGCUGGACCCAUACCGGAGUAUGCCAACCUCCACCUGGGCUGAUGGCCUUGAUGGACUGGAGAAGGGCCAGUUUGACUACACUUUGGCCUAGGGUUCUACACAACUUACGCAUAUCCUAGCACAAUACUGUUUAUUCAUGUACAUGUACACACACACACUUACUGUGAUUGCCUUGAGUUCACUAAGGAGCAGAAAUCCAGCCUGGUUGUGUACUGUCCCUUUUCACACUGCCUGUCUGAUGUGUACACACACCUGUUUUGUUCUAACACGCACAAGCUAAACAAUGACCAGUUCAAUUCAGUUAAAUUUUAUUUAUAUAUCACCAAAUCACAACAAACAGUUGAAUAG